CUUUGCUUGAUUCCUUUAAACUUGUCGCAAUAUGGCAGCGAGUGGUCGGCCUGAGAGACAAGCUCCGCCAGAAAUUUUUUAUAAUGAAACAGAAGCUCAGAAAUAUACAUCAAAUUCUCGUAUGAUUGAUAUUCAGUCGAAACUUUCCGAAAGAGCCAUUGAAUUAUUAAACCUACCAGAAGAUCAGAGCUGUUAUAUUUUAGAUGUUGGGUGUGGUUCCGGUCUGAGUGGUGAGUGUUUAACAGAGGAUGGUCAUAUUUGGGUUGGCAUUGAUAUAAGUUCUGCUAUGCUGGAUGUGGCACUGGAGCGUGACUCAGACGGAGACUUUCUGCUUGGUGACAUGGGACAUGGAAUGCCUUUCAGAGCUGGCACAUUUGAUGGAGUUAUCAGUAUUUCUGCAAUCCAGUGGCUGUGUAAUGCUGACAAGAAAACCCAUCACCCAGUGAAACGGUUAUUUAAAUUCUUCAGCUCCUUGUAUGCAUGUAUGGCCCGUGGCGCAAGAGCUGUUUUCCAGUUAUAUCCAGAAAAUGGACAACAGUUGGAAUUAAUAACACAACAAGCAAUGAAAGCUGGAUUUCUAGGUGGUGUAGUUGUGGACUACCCCAACAGUACCAAGGCCAAAAAGAUAUUCCUCUGUCUUUUUUCUGGCGGUGUCCAACAGCUUCCUAAAGGUCUUGGCACUGAAGAAAGUAGCUCUGCUGAUAACCACAUCGACUACAUUAGUAAACGAGAAAGAGUUAAACAACUAAGAAAAUGCAAAAAUCCUAAAAAGAGCAAAGACUGGAUCCAAGAGAAGAAAGAUCGAAGGAGGCGACAGGGCAGAGAUACUCGACCUGAUACGAAGUACACAGGAAGAAAGAGACGGUCACAAUUCUAAACAUGCUUUCUUUAAGCUGUGAUAUAAUAAAUAAAUAUUUGUUAUAUCCAGCCCAGAUACUCCACCUGUUUUAGGCUGAAACAAACUAGGCCCAAGCCUUUCAUACCUACCUGACAAUGUCAUUCUAAAAAUAUACAGUCACAUCAUUGAAAUCUCAAAGCUAUGAGAUAAUCCAGGAUUAACUGAAAACAAUGUGAAUAAAUAAGGAUUACAUUUGACAGAGAAUUAAAUUGGAUCACUUCAUCUAAUUAUGUUACUUCAUUGUUUUAACUUUUCAGUGUCUUGCAGAACAUCAGUCCCCCUCACAUAUACCCUCUCUGCAUGAUAGUUGGGAAGACAUUGCUAGCCCCCACCACUCUCUUAACCUUCCCUUGGAGACAAAGGUCGAUGUAAGUGUCCCUCUUACAGUGUAGUUGGGAUUCAGUGUGAGCAGCCCCUCACAACCCUUUUGCUGUAAAUGAUUCUGAGAGAAAAUAAUUGAUCCCAGCAUAUUACCAGUCCUGGAAAGUUGACCUCAGCAGGUUUUGAACUCGGCAUUCAAUUACCACAAGACACUUGACUGAUGCUUUGCGCCAGUCAGUUGCUUUAUGAAACAUUAAGAUUAAAUUUUCAGAUAGUUGGAGGUUCUUAAUCAAACCUUUUCUUACCAUAUUCCUGUUGGAAGGAAUCCUCUUUUUCUCUCGCUUUUCUUUUUUUUUGUUUUUUAACUCGUUUCAAUCAUUAGACCGUGGCCAUACUGGGGCACUGCCUUGAAGAAUUUUAAUCAGAUGAACCAAACCCAGUUGUCAUUAUCAUUUAACAUCUAUUUUCCCUGCUGGCA